UACACACCCCUUGGGCUCCUCCUUGAUUCAAAUGUUAGGUCAAGAGGAAGAAGAAAAACAAAUUCAAGAGCUGCUCUUAAGCGUCUAGAAAUUCUGCACCCCACCUCUCAACAGGAAAGAUUAGACCCUGAUUUGACUUAGUCCACUACAAGCUAAAUUGCCCUCUUAAAGUGCCAACAUUCCUUCAACCUUUGGAUACAACUGGAAGAAGAAUCCAUGGUAUUGUAGCUUCUGCUCGAGGCAGGGGUCUGAAAACCAGCAGCAAAAACGGAAAGAUGGCGAGCCCAAGACCCAGAACUCCAGAAGACCCUGAAAUUGAGCUUUUUGUGAAGGCUGGAAGUGAUGGUGAAAGCAUUGGAAACUGUCCCUUUUGCCAACGCCUUUUCAUGAUCCUCUGGCUUAAAGGAGUUAAGUUUAAUGUGACCACUGUUGACAUGACCAGAAAGCCUGAAGAGCUGAAGGACUUAGCCCCAGGCACCAAUCCUCCCUUCCUGGUGUAUAACAAGGAACUGAAAACUGACUUCAUUAAAAUUGAAGAGUUUCUAGAGCAGACACUAGCUCCUCCAAGGUAUCCUCAUCUGAGUCCCAAGUACAAGGAGUCCUUUGAUGCAGGCUGUAACCUCUUUGCCAAGUUUUCUGCAUACAUUAAGAAUACACAAAAAGAUGCAAAUAAGAAUUUUGAAAAAAAUCUGCUCAAAGAAUUUAAGCGUUUGGAUGACUACUUAAAUACCCCACUUCUGGAUGAAAUUGAUUCAGACAGUGCUGAGGAACUCACAGUUUCCAGAAGAUUGUUCUUGGAUGGAGAUCAGCUAACACUAGCUGACUGUAGCUUGCUGCCCAAGCUGCACAUCAUUAAGGUUGCUGCCAAGAAAUACCGUGACUUUAACAUUCCAGAAGAGUUCUCAGGAGUCUGGCGCUAUCUGCACAAUGCCUACUCCCGUGAAGAAUUUAUUCACACAUGCCCUGAAGACAAAGAAAUUGAGAACACCUAUGCAAGUGUGGCUAAACAGAAUUAGGACAGCUCUUCCAGGAAAGAAAGCUCUCUUUGCUAUCUGAUUUUACUUACCACCAUAUUAGAAAGAUUUUUGGAAAUAGGAAUAUGAAAAUUAUUGUUUCAUCUAUCCAACUCAUUUAUGAAAAGGAAUUCUAUUUUCUGUAUCUAGUUAGCCAUAAGCUGCCCACUGUACAUUUUAUAUAACUUCAUAUUUUCACCUCAUUUUCUUUCUGUGACAAAUCAUUGUGAUCUUCAAGGACAAGGAAAGCAUUGAGAUCUUUUGGCUUUUGCUUGAGUUCCUAGAAUGCAUGAGCUAAGUAGAUUUAUGAAGUUACAAAUGACAUAGUAGAGCCACAACCUCAAAUUGCUCCUUAGAAAUAAUUCCACCUAAAUCAUUAAAAUAAUUUUACAUUUGUUACUUUAAUAUAUACAUGAGUUUGUUUCUAGUGUGAAUAAUCAAAUGAGUGAAAGAGAAUAUCAGAAAAGUGAAUUCUAAAAGGUUUGUUUAAAAAUUCAGUAAAUGAACCAAUUGGUUUUGAACAGUAUUCAAGCAUUAAAGACCUAGAAAUAUGAUUACUUCAUACUCAGAGAUGAGAUUAUGCUGUUGAGGCCAGAUUAUAUAAUUGCUAAAGGACCAAGGACUCACUUGAUAACUUUAUUUUUAAAAUUUAUUUACUUUUGUUAGGACAUGUUUAUAGUACAUAAUGAUAGCAUUUACAAUGAAAGAUUUGCAUAUGUACAUAACACAUCUUAAUUCUUUUUUCCAUCCCCUUCCCCCCUCCAA